AAUAUCAUUAUGAAAUUAAUGUUUUUCUCAAAUACUCGUUGGACACAAUUAUUGGCACCCUUUUAUUCAAUACCAAUAUAUAGCAAUAAAUUGUUAAUAUAGCAAUACCCCUACCCCAAAAAAUGCCCACCCAGGAUAUCUGCCAUCCCACCCUUCUAUCAAGAACAAGGGCUGACCCAUAUGCAGAAAACAGCAGAAACUUCAGCAGUGGAUAUCUAAGCGCCUUCUCUCGCUCCGCCCAGUCUUUACUAUAAGAACAGGUUGGUACAGAAGAGAAUUCAGUUGUCCAUAACUCCGCGUCAGACGUGUGUUCUGUCUCCUCUCAACUGAAACAAUGAUGCUCGCGUAUCUGGCGCUGCUGGUUGCGCUUUGCUUACCUGGAUAUCUAGAUGCGCUUCAUGGAUUAUACGCCUUCGACCAGCCAGAGAGCUUUCAGAAAAAGAGCAACUGCAAACCCAUACCUGCAAACCUGCUCUUGUGCCAUGACAUCGAGUACACGGAGAUGCGUCUGCCUAACAUCCUCGGACACGAGACCAUGAAUGAGGUUCUGCAACAGGCUUCAUCCUGGACCCCUCUGGUGCAGAAACAGUGUCAUCCCGACACCAAGAAGUUUCUCUGCUCUCUUUUCGCCCCGGUGUGUCUGGCUGAUCUAGACGAGCCGAUUCAGCCGUGCAGGUCGCUGUGUGAGAGCGUAAAGAGCGGCUGCGCUCCAGUGAUGGCCGCGUUUGGGUUCCCUUGGCCGGACAUGUUGGACUGCAAUCGCUUCCCUCUAGAUAAUGACCUGUGCAUACCUCCUGCUGGUGCAGAUGUUUUAGUGCCAGUCACCAAGGAAGUUCCAAGAGUGUGUGAAGCCUGCAAAGAAAAGCCUGAGGAUGACAAUGAAAUUGUGAACAGCCUGUGCAAAAAUGACUUUGCUUUAAAGAUCAAAGUCAAGGAGAUCUCCUACAUGAAUGGCGACACCAAAAUCAUUCCAGAAGUCAAGAGCAAGACUAUCUACAAGCUGAAUGAUGGCGUUACUGAUCGUGACUUCAGGAAGAUGGUGCUUUGGCUGAAAGAUGGUCUCCAGUGUGUGUGUGAUGAAAUUAAUGACAUCAAUGCUUCUUAUCUGGUGAUGGGCCAAAAGAUGGAUGGAAAUUUGGUCAUCACGUCAUUAAAACGCUGGCAGACGGGUCAGCAGGAAUUUAAGAGAAUUUCUCGUAGUAUUCGCAAGCUUCAGUGCUAGGAUUGUCCACUGAUCAGAGCACUCAAAUGGUCUUGAAAAUGAAGAUCUGUAACAGUCACACCAUACCUAAAUGCAAAGGUUAAUUUAAAUCCCUAAUAUUUGCUUUUCCUGGCCAGUCAGGGCUCAUGAUUGGUGGAGCUGUUACUUGUAACUGCCAAAAAGCACCUAACCUAGAUUCAACACAGUUAAAACUUUUCAACACAGUUAAAACUUUUUCAACUUUUUAUAAGUUUUAUCAGUUAACUCCACCUGUCAUUUGUACUCUUCACAAAACCCAUUCCUCUCUUUUUAACGUUUUUGACUAUAGAGCCUAAAAACUGACACAGAACAAGUUUCAGACAUAAAAUCUUCUAGCGUUAAAUUAAUGUACAGUAUGUGGACAAUGCUUCUAGUCACUUAACAAAUUAUUUCAUUAUUUCCAGUGAAAACAAGUUCAAAAAGGAUCUCACCCAAAAAUGAGAAUUCUUUUGUCAUUUGCUCACCCUCAUGCCAUUACAAAUGCACAAAAAUUCUUUCAAACACAAAUGAAGACAUUUGUUUAUGAAACAUGAGAAAUUUCUGUCCCUCUAUUGAAAGUCCAUGUCACCAAAACUUUGAUGCUUAAAAAAGUUCAUAAAGUCAUUGUAAAAGUAAUUUAAAUUAAUUGAACAGUUCCAAAGUUUCAAGAGACCCAGUUACUUUAUACGAUGAAUAGAUUUAAUUUAAGCAUUUAUUCACAUAAACAUUCAUCAAUCCAUAUGCAUAGAGCACAUAAGCUAUGGUAAACAAAAGCUUAAAUAGUCCUGCUGGAUUCACAGCAACCAAUAAUGUGUGUCACACAAGCAUGUUUGAGCUUCUGCAAGACCCAAUGACAUUUGUUUUUGUACAUCAAGCAAGUACAAUUGAGCUUCUGUGUUUACAAUGUCUUAUUAACAUUUUGAAGCAGCAAAGAUUUGUUUGAUUUGACUUUAAAUGGAAUAGAUCACUAAGGUUUCAUUAAACAUCUUAAUUUGUGUUUUAAAGGAGAAGAGAAGUCAGAUUUGGAAAGACAUGAAUUUAACAUUUAGGCUGAACCAUCCCUUUAAUACUGUAUUAUACAAUGUCAUUGUAGAGUAUUCUGUGCUUUGUUUCAGGAGUUUGAAAAGUGUCCUUUUCUGUUUCUGAAUGACAAUACCACUGUUCACAAAGCAAAGUUCAAUUGAUUUACUCAGUCUAAUGUGGAAAAAAUUGACCGGCCUGCACAAAACCCAGACAUGAACUCUACUGAAUAUCAUUAUAUGACUUCUGUUGCAACAAACAAGUUAAAUAUCACAAUUUCCUAGAAUGCCAUUGUAUGCCAGUGCAUUAAUUGUCUUAAUUGUCACAGAAAUUACUGGAAAAGUCAGACCCAUUAAUAAGAAAGGGGGACCAUAUAUUUAGGAAAUAUUAGCAUGUGAGAAGUUGAAAUGCUAGGUAUGAAAAUUUCAAGAAAGUAAGAUGAAAUCUAUGCCAUUUCAUAUACAGUUCCUCUAUAAAAUAUGGUUAGGAAACAUGUUUUCUUGCAAUGCAUGGUCUAUGUGGAUUUGAAUCUGCCACAGUACAUAAGUGAGAGUGCUUGUGUGAGUAGUUUUAUCAGCACUAUGAGAUAGCUGGCUCUAUUCUCAAUGUUUAAAAAUAUUCUGUGUGACAGUAGUCUCUGAAGUAUGAUCAUGUAUGUUUAUGUGAAUAUUUUCAUUUAUCACCAGACAAUGAUGAGUAGGCCAACAAAUGUGUGGUUUCUUUAGCCCAGUGUUUUUUUGUCUUCUUUCUACUUGAGCCUAAAUACUGCACUGUUCCUGUAUAAUAUUCUUUAAAUUACAAUCAGCAGUUUUAUAUAGUAUUGGUUUGUUUUCUUUCUCUGUCAGUUCUAUUAAUGCUUUACUGUAUGGGUUUGUGUAUUGUUUUGUUUUUCUCGCAAAGUUGUUUGCUGUUUUCUUUUGUUUUGGCAUAUGAACACCCAGUAUUAGAGUAAAGUCACAUGCUGGUAAAACCAAAGAGACAUGCUUCUCUAUGUGCUGCAGUUAGAGCAAUGUUGACUCAGUUUUAUUGUGCAGUUGGUUAGUGAAAAACAUCUCAUUAUUAAGAUAAUAAUCCAAACUUUUGAUAUACUCUGUAAAUAUUCCUAUUUUUAAGCUUGUACAGUUUCAAAACUUGUUCCAUUUCAUUUGUUCAUCACAGUAGCAAAAUGUGCUAAAUGCAUUUAUUUACACCCACCACCACGUAAUGUAAUUUGAUCAUUGAUGAUUUGUAUAUUUUUUCUUC